AUGAGGCUAAAAACUCUUCCAGAAGAUCAUCCUUCAUUAGCUACUUCCUACAACAACAUCGGUGGAGUGUAUGACAACAUGGGUGACUACUCGAAAGCACUUGAAUUUUACGAAAAAGCAUUUAAAAUCUGCGAAAAAGCUCUGCCUCCGAAUCAUCCCAAUUUGGCUAGUUCCUACAACAACAUCGCUGGAGUGUAUCACAACAUGGGUGACUACUCGAAAGCACUUGACUUUUCCGAAAAAGCACUUAAAAUAAGAGAAAAAGCUCUGCCUUCGAAUCAUCCCGAUUUGGCUACUUCCUACAGCAACAUCGGUGAAGUGUAUAACAAGAUGAGUGACUACUCGAAAGCACUUGAAUUUUACGAAAAAGCACUUAAAAUAAGAGAAAAAGCUCUGCCUCCGAAUCAUCCCGAUUUGGCUACUACCUACAACAACAUUGGUUUGGUGUAUGACAACAUGAGUAACUACUCGAAAGCACUUGAAUUUUAUGAAAAAGCACUUAAAAUAAGAGAAAAAGCUCUGCCUCCGAAUCAUUCCAAUUUGGCUACUACCUACAACAACAUCGGUGUAGUGUAUAACAACAUGGGUGACCACUCGAAAGCACUUGAAUUUUACGAAAAAGCACUUAAAAUAAGAGAAAAAGCUCUGCCUCCGAAUGAUCCCGAUUUGGCUACUUCCUACAACAGCAUCGGUGUAGUGUAUAACAACAUGGGUGACUACUCGAAAGCACUUGAAUUUUACGAAAAAGCACUUAAAAUAAGAGAAAAAGCUCUGCCUCCGAAUGAUCCGUCACUGGCUACUCCCUACAACAACAUUGGUGUAGUGUAUAAAAACAUGGGUGACGACUCGAAAGCACUUGAAUUUUACGAAAAAGCACUUAAAAUAAGAGAAAAAGCUCUGCCUCCGAAUGAUCCCGAUUUGGCUACUUCCUACAACAACAUCGCUGGAGUGUAUAACGCCAUGGGUGACCACUCGAAAGCACUUGAAUUUUACGAAAAAGCACUUAAAAUAUCCGAAAAAGCUCUGCCUCCGAAUCAUCCCAAUUUGGCUAGUUCCUACAACAACAUCGGUGGAGUGUAUAACAACAUGGGUGACUACUCAAUAGCACUUGAGUUUUACGAAAAAUCACAUCAAAUCUUCGAAAAAGCUCUGCCUUCGAAUCACCCUCAUUUGGCUAGUUCCUACAACAACGUCGGUCUCGUGUAUAAGAACAUGGGUGACUACUCGGAAGCACUUGAAUUUUACGAAAAAGCACUGAAAAUCUGCGAAAAAGCUCUGCCUCCGAAUCAUCCCAAUUUGGCUACCUCCUACAACAACAUCGCUGGAGUGUAUCACAACAUGGGUGACUACUCGAAAGCACUUGAAUUUUACGAAAAAUCACUUAAAAUAUCCGAAAAAGCUCUGCCUUCGAAUCAUCCCUCACUGACUACUUCCUACAACAACAUUGGUACUGCAUAUUUCGGCAAAGGAGACUACUCAAAAGCACUCUCAUUCUUAGAAAAGGCACUUUCUAUCUUGCAAAAAUCACUUCCACCUAACCAUCCUAAUAUUAAAACAGUCAAAAACUCAAUUGACUAUGUAAAAAAGAAAAUGUAA